AAGGCAAUACACACACAGACAUACGCACACACACACGAAGGAAAAGAAAAGCGCCUGCGCUCGCGCCCGAGAGGCGGCUUGGUCACGCGCAUCGUGCGUGGGCAGGGCUUCCCGGGAACCUCAGGAACGGCGGCGAAGCCCGCGGCCCCUGUGGAAGAAACGGAAACCUUCUCCAGAAAUAUGAACCAUUUGAUCCUGAACACCUAAGUUUAUUGCAAGCAUGUUGAUCCCAGAAGGAUGGAUAUCAAUUUUGCCAAUUUUCAGAUAAAAUGCUAGUGUGUAGAAGCACUUUCAAGAAUGAAUACUGUGCUCAAUUAUGUUGGUAAAUACAGAAGGAUGAGAAGAACAUUAUGAUGGCAAAGAACAAAGAACCUCGUCCCCCAUCAUAUGCUAUCAGCGUUGUUGGACUUUCUGGGACUGAAAAAGACAAGGGGAACUGUGGAGUUGGAAAGUCGUGUUUGUGCAAUAGGUUUGUGCGUUCAAAAGCAGAUGAAUAUUACCCUGAACAUACCUCUGUGCUUAGCACAAUUGACUUUGGUGGACGAGUUGUUAAUAAUGAUCACUUUUUAUACUGGGGUGACGUAAUACAAUGUGGAGAAGAUGGAAUAGAUUGCAAAAUUCAUGUUAUUGAACAAACCGAAUUCAUUGAUGAUCAGACUUUUUUGCCUCAUCGGAGUACGAACUUACAACCUUAUAUAAAACGUGCUGCUGCAACAAAAUUGCAGUCAGCAGAAAAACUUAUGUAUAUUUGCACAGAUCAGCUUGGGUUAGAGCAAGACUUUGAGCAGAAGCAAAUGCCUGAGGGAAAGCUAAACAUCGAUGGAUUCUUAUUAUGUAUUGAUGUAAGUCAAGGAUGCAAUAGGAAGUUUGAUGACCAACUUAAAUUUGUAAAUAACCUGUACAUUCAGAUAUCAAAAUCUAAAAAGCCUAUAAUAAUAGCAGCAACAAAAUGUGAUGAAUGUGUAGAACAUUAUUUGCGGGAAGUUCAGGCUUUUGCUUCAAAUAAGAAGAACCUUCUGGUAAUAGAAACAUCAGCAAGAUUCAAUGUCAAUGUAGAAACAUGUUUUACUGCACUGGUACAAAUGAUGGAUAAAACCCGUGGUAAGCCUAAAAUAAUUCCCUAUCUGGAUGCUUAUAAAACCCAGAGACAACUUGUUGUAACUUCGACAGAUAAAUUUGAGAAACUUGUGCAGACUGUGAGAGACUAUCAUGCCACUUGGAAAACUGUUAGUAAUAAACUGAAAAAUCACCCAGAUUAUGAAGAAUACAUUAAUUUAGAAGGUACAAAAAAGGCCAAAAAUACAUUUUCAAAACAUAUAGAACAGCUUAAGCAAGAACAUAUAAGAAAAAGAAGAGAGGAAUAUAUUAACGCAUUACCGAGAGCUUUUAAUACACUUCUGUCAAACCUUGAAGAGAUUGAACAUUUGAGUUGGCCAGAAGCUUUGAAGUUGAUGGAGAAAAGAUCAGAUUUCCAACUAUGUUUUGUAGUGCUAGAAAAAACACCCUGGGAUGAAACUGACCAUAUAGAUAAAGUGAAUGACAGGAGAAUUCCAUUUGACCUUUUGAGCACCCUAGAAGCUGAAAAAGUCUAUCAAAAUCAUGUGCAGCAUUUAAUAUCUGAAAAAAGGAGAGUUGAAAUGAAGGAGAAGUUCAAAAAAACACUUGAGAAGAUACAGUUCAUCUCUCCUGGGCAACCAUGGGAAGAAGUCAUGUGUUUUGUAAUGGAGGAUGAAGCAUUUAAAUAUAUUACAGAGGCUGAUAGUAGAGAAGUAUAUAGUAGGCAUCAACGGGAAAUAGUUGAAAAAGCCAAAGAAGAGUUUCAGGAAAUGCUUUUUGAACAUUCAGAACUGUUUUAUGACUUGGAUUUAAAUGCAACACCUAGCUCUGAUAAAAUGAGUGAAAUUCAUGCAGUUUUGAGUGAAGAGCCUAGGUACAAAGCUUUACAAAAACUUGCACCUGAUAGGGAGUCUCUUCUACUUAAACAUAUAGGGUUUGUGUAUCAUCCCACUAAAGAAACGUGUCUCAGUGGCCAAAACUGCAUGGACAUUAAAGUAGAACAGUUACUUGCUGGUAGUCUUUUGCAGCUGGACCAUGGUCGCUCAAAUUUUUAUCAUGAUAGUGCCAACAUUGAUAAAGUCAAUAUUUUUAUUUUGGGUAAAGAUGGCCUUGCACAAGAGUUGGCAAAUGAGAUUCGGACACAGUCUACAGAUGAUGAGUAUGCCUUAGAUGGAAAAAUAUAUGAACUUGAUCUUAGGCCAGUGGAUGCAAAGUCACCUUAUCUUCUAAGUCAAUUAUGGACUUCUGCCUUCAAACCACAUGGAUGUUUCUGUGUAUUUAAUUCAAUUGAAUCACUUAAUUUUAUUGGAGAAUCUAUUGGAAAAAUCAGGACAGAAGCAUCUCAGAUAAGAAGAGACAAAUAUAUGGCCAAUCUUCCAUUUACAUUAAUACUGGCGAAUCAGAGGGAGAGUGUUAGUAAGAAUUUGCCAAUUCUGAGACACCAAGGACAGCAGUUGGCAAACAAGUUGCAGUGUCCUUUUAUAGAUGUGCCUGCUGGUACUUAUCCACGUAAAUUUAACGAGGCCCAAAUAAAACAGGCCUUGAGGGGAGUUCUUGAAGCAGUUAAACACAACUUUGAUGUUGUAAGCCCUGUUCCUACAAUUAAAGACCUCUCAGAAGCAGAUUUGAGGAUAGUUAUGUGUGCCAUGUGUGGAGACCCAUUCAGUGUGGAUCUUAUUCUUUCACCCUUCCUUGAUUCUCAUUCUUGUAGUGCAGCUCAGGCUGGCCAGAAUAAUUCUCUAAUGCUCGAUAAAAUUAUAGGUGAAAAACGGAGACGAAUACAGAUAACAAUACUAUCGUAUCAUUCUUCAAUUGGUGUAAGAAAAGAUGAACUUGUUCAUGGGUAUAUAUUAGUUUACUCUGCCAAACGAAAAGCAUCUAUGGGAAUGCUUCGAGCAUUUCUUUCAGAAGUACAGGAUACUAUUCCUGUCCAGUUGGUGGCUGUUACUGACAGUCAGGCAGAUUUCUUUGAGAAUGAGGCCAUUAAAGAAUUAAUGACGGAGGGUGAGCAUAUAGCCACUGAGAUUACUGCUAAAUUCACAGCUCUAUAUUCUCUAUCUCAGUAUCAUCGUCAGACUGAGGUUUUUACACUGUUCUUCAGUGAUGUUUUGGAGAAGAAAAGUAUGAUUGAAAAUUCUUACAUGUCUGAUAGUACAAGAGAGGCAACACAUAUAAGUGAGGAUGUUUUCCUGCAUUCUCCCAGAGGAGGCUCUCACGCGUACAAUUAUUACCCAGAUUCAGAAGAUGAUACUGAAGCCCCACCUCCUUACAGUCCAAUUGGAGAUGAUGUACAGUUGCUCCCUACACCUGAUCGCUCAAAGUAUCGGUUAGAUUUGGAAGGUAAUGAAUAUCCUGUUCAUAGCACACCUCUCAACUGUCAUGAUCAUGAACGCAACCAUAAAGUGCCUCCUCCCAUAAAACCGAAACCAAUGGUACCGAAGACAAAUGUGAAGAAACUAGAUCCAAAUCUUGUAAAAACUAUUGAGGCUGGCAUUGGUAAAAAUCCAAGGAAACAAUCCAGAAUGGUUCUGGCACCAUCUGAUGAACUUGAUCAGUCUGAUAAUUAUGCAGAACCUAUAGAUACUAUUUUUAAGCAUAGAGGUGUUGCAGAUGAUAUCUACGCAAUUCCAGAUGAUAGUCAGAAUCGCAUGAUCAAAAUUCGAAAUUCAUUUAUUAUAAAUAAUGCCCAAGGAGAUGAAGAAAAUGGGUUUCCUGAUAGAAUUUCAAAGACACAAGGAGAGCGAAGACCUUCAAAAUACAAAUACAAAUCAAAAACUCUGUUCAGCAAAGCAAAGUCUUAUUACAGGAGAGCACAUUCAGAUGCAAGUGAUGAUGAAGCUUUUACAACAUCUAAAACAAAAAGAAAAGGACGACAUCGUGGCAGUGAAGAAGAUCCACUUCUGUCUCCUGUAGAAACAUGGAAGGGUGGCAUUGACAAUCCUGCCAUUACUUCAGAUCAAGAGUUGGAUGAUAAAAAGAUGAAGAAGAAAACUCAGAAAGUAAAAGAAGACAAAAAACAAAAAAAGAAAACCAAGACAUUCAAUCCUCCAACUCGAAGAAAUUGGGAUAGUAAUUACUUUGGAAUGCCGCUGCAGGAUCUGGUUACACCUGAAAAGCCUAUACCCCACUUUGUUGAAAAAUGUGUGCAGUUCAUUGAAGAUACAGGUCUGUGUACUGAAGGUCUCUAUCGUGUUAGUGGGAAUAAAACAGAUCAGGACAACAUUCAGAAGCAGUUUGAUCAAGACCACAACAUCAGUUUAGAGUCUAUGGAUGUAACAGUGAAUGCUGUGGCAGGAGCUCUUAAAGCUUUCUUUGCAGAUUUGCCAGAUCCUUUAAUUCCUUACUCACUCCAUCCAGAAUUAGUUGAAGCAUCAAAAAUCCUUGAUAAAACAGAGAGGCUCUAUGAAUUAAAAGAAAUUGUGAAGAAAUUCCAUCCAGUGAACUAUGAAGUCUUCAGAUAUGUAAUAACUCAUCUAAACAGGGUUAGUCAGCAAAGCAGAAGCAAUUUUAUGACUGCAGAUAACUUGUCAAUCUGUUUUUGGCCAACUUUGAUGAGACCUGAUUUUGAAAACAGAGAGUUCCUAUCAACCACCAAGAUCCAUCAGUCUGUAAUAGAGACAUUCAUUCAACAGUGCCAGUUUUUCUUCUAUGGUGGAGAAAUUCUAGAAACCUCUGACAGUGUGGCACAUCAACCUCCACCUCCCAACCCAGUGCAGAUGGUAGAUCCAAUUUUACCAUUCCAGUUACCACCACCACUACAACCUCAACUGAUACAACCUCAGUUGCAAGCAGAUCCUCUUGGUAUUAUCUAAACAUCACAACUGUCAGCAAAGUCAAGAUGAUGCAGGCAGCUUGGAAAAGGAAAACUAAGCAUGCAUGCUUCAAGAUACAAAAACAGCUCUCAUAUGAAAGAAUACGGAUCCAAACUGAAGAAGUUUUGUCCCAGUAAUACUAUAAACCGUGUUCAUAAACGCUGCAGGUCAAAAUUAUGUGAUGAGCAUGACUGGAGAGGUUUAAAUUUUUAAACAGAAAUAACUGAAGUGCAAAGCUGCUGUUGCAUGAACAUUUAUUGCAAUCACUAUCAUUCCUGUGACAGUUUGUCACAAUAUAUUGUGAAUAAAACUUUUCUAUAGAAAUGUAAUGAUUAAAUAAAUCAUUUAUGGAACAUUCAGUGCUUACAGCCUGCUUUAGGGCUGUUUUUGUUAUUUAAUGCUUGUUCUUUCGGGCAGUUUCAUUUUUACUUAGUCUUUUGCUGUGAACAGCUAUAAUACAGCUGUGUUCUGUUUGUAAAUUCCAAACUACUUACAUUACAUUACAUUUUGUUACUCAAAGAGCAUAAACUGCACUGUUCUAAAUCCCACACUCCCACACUUUCCAUUUCUUUUUAAGAAACCUGUGGACAUGUUUGUUUUAGGGCGGGGGUGGUAAUAUUAUUUUUCUUACAGCACAAUACCAAGGACAUGCUUAUUGUAAAAGUGAGUAGCCAUUGUGCAAAAAUGUUGCUACAACCUUCUUCCCCUUAUUUUGCAUUAAUGGAUGGAACAUUUUGUAAUACUGUUAAUUCUGUAAACAGCUGCAUGUAUUAAGAUCAUUGAUGGUCUUGUAAACCUAAUCUAAUAUAUUUUAGAUAUUUUAAUUUUUCCCAUUGGGGAAUUCAUCUAGUAUAUAGAAAAUAGUUUGACAUUUUCAUAUGGCUAUAUAACUUUUCAUACAUAAAUGAGAAUUUUGUUGUAGUGUAAACUUGCUAAACCAAACAACCUAGGUCUUAAAUUUAACAUAUACAUUAUAUCUAUUUUUCUGUGGCCCUUUAAAGGUAUAAAAAACAUUGCUAAUAUAUAGCAAUAAAUACUUUGGGUACUGAAGCAUCUUAAUGUGUACAUAAAUGACAUUUGUAUUUGCGUGGGUUUUCCCCCUGUUAUUUGUUGUACUUAAAAUUCAAAAUUACUCUGUUUGCACCAUUUGAAAGUUAUUUUUCCUUUUACAUUGGUACAUGUUUCCUGUAAAAGAAUGCUGCUUAAAAUUUUAAACACCUUUGGUUCAUCUUUGGUGUUUAGUAAAUGUGACAGAAUACUAGUAAUUGUUGAACGUAUUUGAGUGGAGUCUAAAAGCUUAUGAGUUGAAUUCACUUUGUCAUCUGGAAACUGAAGGGCUUUUUCUACCUGUUGAAGGCUUUUGAUCUAAAUGAGGGAUCCCAUAGGAGAAGAUUGCCCCUGCAAUCCCCAGAGCACUCUCUCAAGCUCAGGACCAUUGGUUUGGAGGGCAAACGGUGAACUGGCAAGAGUUGCCUUCUCCUUUUGCCAGUAGGGUAAAGUUUGAAUCCAAAAACCUUUGACUUUCCUAAUUACCAUUUUAUUCCAUUUUCAAAUUAAGUUUUUUUCUGAAAGGAAAAAUUUGGUUUAGUCAGCUGCUGGAUGAAAAAAAACUACACUUGCCAUUAUUAUCUUCAUUCAUAGUUUGUACAGCUGGUAGAAUCAUUUGAAGUACAUGAGUUGCAAGCAUUUUAGGAAUUGAAAUUCUUAAGAGCUUUGCUCUAUUUCUCAAAAAAAAAAAAAAUAAUUAAAAUGCCUUUUUCAAUUUUUAUGUCCUAGGUAUUGUACUUCUAAUUAUGACUUGCAUUAUCAUUCUAGUUAAGAAACCAUAACCUAGGCUGCUGUUGAAUUAUUUGUAUAUUAUAAAUUAUCUUGAUUUUUGUGUUAUAUUCUUGCAAGUAAUUAUCUUUUCUAUAAAAACAACAAAAACCCUCUAUUCUGAUUCAAAGCACACAGGAUAUAAAUACAAUAAUAAAAAUUUGUCCUGUAAACAUAGUAGCAUUAACUUCUUUUACAUUACACCUGUGAUCAAGAUAGCUUUUAUUUAUAGUCAUCAGUUCUAACGUAGGCAUGUUGAGAAAAAAAUAAACUUCAAGAGUUUUAUAAACUGUUUCUAGGUUGCUAAAGAAUUUAUUUUUCUACUAUAGAUGGUAUAGACAAAAGCAUCAAACUGUACAGAAAAAAAGCUUAUUUCUAUUUCAAGUAGGCUUAAAUUUUUCAGUGAUAUCCAUUUAAAGAAUUUUGUCUAACACAAUGAGAGUUGAAGUUUGAUUUUCCAUUUAGAGUUGUCUUUUUGUAAGCUAGUACAAUUUAGAUUUCAUGCUGAUAAUCUGUUUUGUUGUCCAUACAGCUAGGAUUAAACUUGUUGUCAAAGCAUCAUAAGUGAGAAUUUGAAAUUAUUAUGUUCUGAAACUCUUCCCAUCCUAUAACUUGUUAAAAUGCUGCUCUUAGUUUACCUAGGACCAUCAGUUGUGGUGAUCUUCAUGCAGCAACAAAUAAUAAUUUAAUCCAUAAUCAGAAUACAAUGUUAACACUCCAUUGUGCUUCUUAAAUCUGAAUUAUGUCCAUAGAUGGCAAGCUUCACUUAAAAAAUAAUUAGCAUGUGUCAUCUGCUUGUCAUUUCUUUGUGAUCAUUACAUCAAAAUUAAAUUGCUAUAGAUGCUCUCCAGCAGAGACUGUAGGAUGUAUUUUUACCUGUUGCUUUCAAUUCAGCAUCAUCUCAUAAUAUAAAAUACAUGUGCACAUGCACUCCCCAUUUAGAAACAUUUGGUGGACACUGCUAACUUAAAAGAAAAUCUUAUGCAUAUCACAAAUGUUUUUUUUUAAAAGCAGACCUAUACAAAAAUUAGUAUCUAGUAUUUUAUUUGUUCUUUUUGGUUAAUGAAGUAAUUUCUUUUAGUUUCCACUUUUCUGAAUUUUCAAGCCAUGGAAAUUGUUAAUAUUGUGAAUUCAGUCAGUUUUACAGUAAUGUGAACAGUGUUCAACAGGUGUCUGUUUAAUGCCAGCAUCUUCCAUACUGACCUUUGCUGGAGUGUACAGCUUUAGGCUGCAGUCUUAGGCACAGUUGUGCUUGAAUAAAUCUCAUUGAGAUCAGUGAGAUGGAUUGUAGGCUUAAGGCAGCGAUCCUAAAUGACUAGGGAGCAUUUCUAAAUGCUUAGUAUCAUGCUGUUGUGUGUUUAAUGCGUAUUUGAACAUUUUAUAUGUCUGCUUAGUCCCACACAACACAUUAAGUGACAUUUUAUAUUAAAUGUUUUACAAAUUAUUUUUACAUUACACUCAAAGAUUUUAACAUAGUGUAAAUAGCUAUACAACUUUAAUGAAGAGCAACAAUUUUUCACAAUGUAUGUUUUCUGCAUUACUUGAAUACUGGUUGCUAGAAACUACCAUUGACUUGUUUAUUUUUGAGGUACUGGAGUGUAAUCUCUUUAAAACUGUAAAGAAACGAAGUAAUUGGCAAACUUUAAAAAUAGGCCAUGACUUCUGUUGUGAUUUCAUUUUUUACCAUAACUGUGAUACUAUAUCAUCUGAAUAUAUAUACUUUUAAAAUUCCUUUUGAUUCAUGUAAUCUUGUCACCACCUACAGAAUGCUACAGUGAAUUAAAUAUCAGUGAAGCUUAUCUGUAUGCAGAAUGCAAUGAAUAAAACAUUAAGAUGCCUACUGUGUAUAAUGUUUAGUUACAU